AUGCCGAAGACUUUCGAAAGAACUCGCAAGGCCAUUGCCAAAAAGAAGGGGGCUAUAGAUUCCCUUCACCAAUACUCCCGCGAUUCUAAGAGGCUACAUAGAGCCCAAGUUCGUGACGAAAAGUUGGAGAAGAUUGCGGCAUCGAGGAAAAAGAAUGACAGGCCUUACCUUGAGCGAGCAACUUUUUUCCAGGAGGCCCUGAGACAAAAUGGAAGUCAACCUCUGCAGAUGGAUGUUAUCCAUGAGCUUAUUAAAACGUUUGUACAUCAGUAUGAUGAGGAACUAAAUGAAGUGAAGAAAGCUCGACGACCUGGACGUCCUGCUAGUACCAAGGAAGAUUUACUGAAACUUAAAGUCGAUAAGCUUCGGAAAGAGUACCAAAAUGGUUUCUUAAUCCCGGUGCUUGAUACAGAAGAAAAUGCCACGCUACUAAGCCAGUGGGAAGGCUCCUGGUCCUACCUAACUACUCUCAAGUGGGUGAGGAUAUCUUCCGCCGGCAGUGUUCAACCUUCUAGCUUCCCUCCAAGAGGAGAGCAUUGA